AUUAGAUAAAUACAUACUCGAUGUUCCCUGCUAUCCUAUGACCCUACAAUGACUGAGUAAGUGCAGAUUAUUUCUGAGAAUCGCUGUAUUUGUUUUCUGCAGUACCACACUGAGCACUUGAGUACUGUAUAAAAUGAGAUGGUGUGUUAUUUGUGAUAUUUCCAAAUUUGUAAGCUGUUGACUUCCAAUAAUUUAGUGCACAACGAAUAAUCUCAAAUUAUUACACGAGGUCAAACAUGUCGGACGAGAAUGAUUUGCCAAAUUCCACCUGCUCCUCACAGACAGGAAACGGUGUCAAACAAGAGGCUUCUGAAGACGACAAAACGUUAUUGGAACAAAAAGAAAAUAUUCGUGACCCAGGGCAUGUUGAAGUGGAAGAGAGAAUAGAAGAAUCGUCCUACCAACCCAGACAAAGGGAACAAACAGAAGACGAAUCCUUAGCACUAAUAUAUAAAGGCAAUUCUUUCAAUGGCAUGCGGUUGUGGUUUUUAUCAACACAUACAUGUCAAGAAAUCAUGCGUGAUAUAUUAAAAAACAAAAAUCCUUUUGGAAGAACUGAUGAAAACUUGAGAGAUCUUUUAAAUAACCGAAAAGAUCUUUUUGAAAAGAAAUCGGAACAAUUGUAUCAGAAAUUUCUUCGAAACGAAAUUUCUUAUGAAAAUGUAGACACGACCUUGAUGUAUGUGAUUGCUAGAAAUGUUCUACACGAAGAAAUUUUACCUGGGCCAAGCAAAUGGGAUCCAAAUCCAUCUAAAUCGGAUACCAGUCUUCAAGCAAGUGUUGACAGACUCCGACAGUUUCGUAAUAGCACAGCGCAUAUCGCGGAAUCAAAUAUGCCAGAUGAUGAUGCUUUCAUGAGACAAUGCAGGGAUCUUAAAACAGUAGUGGAAUCUGUGGAAAAGUGCCUUGGAUUACAACCACCACAGUAUGGGAUCAAAGUGGAGCGUGUUAUGUACGCUGAGAAACCAAGCGAUGUAGACAAACUGGAAAGAAAAGUUUUAGAAACAGUUGAAGCGACUGGAAAGGGCGUUGAUCAACAGGUCCUUACAAGCCUAGAUGACAGACUUCAAGAAAUUGCCAGUGAGUUUAAGAAAUUCAAUGACAACUUGACAGGGCAAGAAGCUCAAACUAAGGCACUCAUUGAAAACCAUGAAGUCGAAGAACGUUUCUACGAAGAGACAAAAUUAUCCAGGAAGGCGAUGGAACUUCUAGAGGAGCACCACCACUUACUCAUCACAGGUGACAGUGGCAGCGGUAAAACGGCUCUGGCAUUUCAUCUGAUGUUUCAACUAUUUAAAUUAGGUCAUUGUAAAGUACAUAAUCUGAAUUCCAUAUCUGAAUUCUUAAACAAUAUCGAUCCUAAUGGUUUUGUUAUAACAUUAGUUGAAAUCUCAGAGACAAUUACUAAAAAAGACCAGAAAAGUCUGAAAACAAUCAUUAGAGAAUACAUACAUGCAAAGCAAAAAACAAGUUUAUACAUCAUUAUGACGACGGGGCUAGAAAGUGUUACAAAGAUUGCAAAUCAGACACCUCACAUAGACUUAUCAGACCCCGAAGACGAUACACUAUGCCUUGAUUUCAAUGAAAAAAUGGCCAUUAUACAAAAACAAUUAAAACGUGCAUGUGCAAACACCUUCUUACCAGAUGACAAAACUUUGGAGAGCAUCACAAAAAUGACUGAAACCCCUAUCGCAUUUCCCCAGGCAGCAUUCUUGUUUGCAGAUAAUGAACAUUACCGGAAGUAUGGUGCCGAGUUUUUUAGGUCCCCUGUCGUAUACUACCGAUCAGAGAUUGAAAGAUGCACACAAAGGAAUUCCAACACCGUUAUACUGUUGGCUCUUCUGUUCGAGGAAAAUCCUAUUUCCUUUACAACUCAGCACAUGAAGAAAAUUAAACAAAAGUUUUCUGAAGAUGAGGGAGGUAAAAAAAUAUUAAAGGAUAAACAGAUGAAACAGCUUCCCGACGCUGCCAAAGACUUAGUAACCGAAGAAUUAGUGUCAGAAGCGGAAAGCAAAUACGGGUUUAGGAACCCGGCCGUGGAAAAAGCUGUUCUUUCGUUUGCCGUUGAGAAGUUCCUAACACUUACUCUACAAAACCUGAAUCAAGAAACUCUCUGCGAUACAACCGUAUUUAGAUGUACAGGACAACAUGAGGAGAUUGGUCAACUACUGCAAGAAACUGACAAAAGCGUUCUCGCUUGUAGGGUUUUUGAAGAUAUGUUAAACGACCGCACAGCAGCUCUCUCCAGCAGUGAUGCCUGGCUAGACCAAUCAUUUAUAUCAAAACUAAUGAAAACACUUGAAAAACACAGAAGUCAGAAACAUGAACAGAACGAUGCAUGUAUUAACAAGCUGAUGGAAUGGUCAGUCAAGUACAAAUGUCUGCCACUAUGUAAAGGAAUUGAAAAGUUUCUUCGUGAGUUCAACAAUACACGUAGAAUUGCUAUCAUGACACACUUUUUAUUGCACGCAUGCGAAACUAUGAACAAUUCGUUUCAUCUAGCAAGGCAUGAAUUCAAAUUAUCAGACCUACUGCACUUUUUUGCAAACAAUGGUGCCGACUGUAGUCACUGUACAUGCACUGAUGGCAAAAGUGACCAUUCAUUUCCACUCCGAUGGAUCCUGAACUCAGGAGAUGAUGAAUCCUUACGAGUCCUGCUUAAAGCAGGAGCAAAAGAUCCCCAUUCCCAUUGGGGAUUUUGGAACUUACUAGCCGCAGCAGCAAAAGAAGAAGAGACGAUCAUGUGCACGUGCUCCUUCGUUAGCAUACAAUGUUCAAGCUCGUUCUCAAAAGAGCAACAGGGGAUCGGCGGGGAUCUUGUUGAAUUCGCAAAACUUGUUAAGGAGUUUGUAGAGGACUCGAGAGAAAAUAAGCAGAAGCUGUUUUUCUGUUGCCUGGAUACUAUUGGGUUAAAUCCAGAGCUUAUGCGAGCAAUGCAUGAACAGGAGUUCCAAAUUCUUAGUAAGGAUGAAAAAGGAAACAAUUGUCUGCAUUAUGUUCUUUCUUUAUCGCCCCCUCCAGCUAAAGUGUAUGAAACAGUUUCAGUCCUGGCAAACGUUCCUGACUUACUGACAGAUACAAACAAUGAUUCGAAAACACCUUUAGCAAUGGCUGUUCAAAUCGAGUGUGACAUUAAACGUAUUGUCAAACUUUCAGAAAAAUGCCCCUACGAUAUCCUCACUGAAGCCCUUCAUCUGUGUAUAACUUCAAAAAUAAAUGACGAAACAGUAUCGCAAAGAGCAGCCGAAAUGAUCAAAUGUGGAGCAAAUCCUCAUGAAGUAGUUUCAAGUGGCCAAACCUGUAUGCAAGCGGCAAUAUCAAGGGGAAAGAGCCGUAUCAAAACUCUUGGAAUGCUUUCUCAUUGCCAGAGCGACUCAGAUAUUCAUGCCACAACAUUCAUGUUGCAUUAUUGCAUCAAACUAGAUUUAAAGGACCCAGAAAAAGAAGAAGCUGUUGCUGUGUUGAUAAAGGAGAAAGCUUCAGUAAACCAACAGAAUGACGAAGGAGUGACGCCGCUCAUGUUAGCGGUACAGGCAACAAGCAAUAAUCUUGGUCUGGUAAAGUUGCUCCUAAAUAACGGUGCAGAAAAAAACAUUCCUGAUAAAAAAGGAAUGUUCCCGUUGCAUUACUGUUGCAUGGCAGAUAUGGAGACCCAUAUUGCGAUAGAAAUAGUCGAUAUCCUGCUGACCGAUGACAAAAUAAAAGAAAUGGAAACAUCGCCUGCACAAUCGCCGUUAAUGCUUGCGAUAAAGAACAGGAAAGAACCAGAUCUUGUAAAGAAGCUAGUGGACGCAAACUUUGACGUUCAUGAGACGGAUUCUGAUGGAAACACAGUAUUGCAUUUAUUAAUGCAUUCUCAUUUUGAAGAUAAGACGGUACUUGAGAUAGUUCAAACGUGCAUUGACAACGGUGCUGCCCCAUUUGCACAGAACGACAAUAACGAAACUCCUGUAGUGUCUGCAUUAUCUGCAAACCAAGGGCGUUUCGAGACAAUUAGAAAUAUUCUUGACACUACCAAAUUUUGUUAUAAAUCACUCAAGGAUUCGCAUGGACGCAGUUUGCUCCAUGUGUGUAUUGAAGCAGCAAUGGCUGAUGAAAACACAAGCAUCCUGUGUCAAUCCAUAAUCCAAUGCGAGGAGUUUGUAACCGAAGAUGACUGCCACGAAGAAAGAAAUACGGCUAUUUCUUUGGCCGUCUCAUCUAAAAACACACGAGAGAAAACGUUGUGCACUCUUCUCAAAUCCUUUUCCAUGGAAGUGACGCAUAACCUUUUUGAAAGGAUAAAAAUCAGAAACAAGCUUACACAUGAGUUGCUAACACUGUUUCUCGAUUACGGGAUUCAACUAGAGGAUAGAUGCAAAGAAGAUAUGAUGCCUUUUCAUAUCAAAGAUGACUUCGCAACAGCUGUAGACGCAGACAUUGUCUUGCCUCUUACGAAGCUUGGAUUUGAUGUCAACAGAAAGACCAAUGCAGGAGAUACACUUUUAGUAUCUGCAUGCAAAUCACCAUGCAAUGCUUCUCUCAUAGGGGAAUUAGCAACAUACAGUAACCACAAUCUCUGUACACUAAAAAGAGAAGCAUAUUUACCUCUGAUUGUCAAAUCAGACCGGUCAGAUGAAGAUACAAUGGUAUGCAUAGAGUUGAUCAUGAGGGAGGCGAAAACCGCAAUUGACCAAGUCAACGAAAUGCAUAGAACUGCAUUAAUAGAAAGUGUUCGGAAAAGAAAACCAAACACUUUUAAAUAUCUUAUCUGCAAUGGUGCAAACCAAAAUUUACGGGAUCGGUAUGGGAAAACUGCCCUUCACUAUUGCGUAGAAAGCGAACUGUUUGAUGAUGAAGUAUGCGAGCUGCUUUCAAUACUUUUGCCAGAGAGACCAAAUGUGAAGAUUGAAGAUACACAAAACAGGACUGUAUUGAACUUAGCCUCAUGUCAUGCGACAAGAAGUCGAGUUCGUACUUUAACUAUGUUAUUGAAACAUCCAUGUGAUGUCGAAACGGUCGACGAUAGAGGUAGAACACCAGUUCACAAUUGCAUUGAACAUGUAAAAGGAGACACCAAACUCCAAGUCCUAGAACGACUGUGUCGGUUGUCACUUCAUGUAUUUCACAAAGCGGAUCCUCAUUGUAAAGAUGAUAAGGGCAAAACUGCAAUAGAUCUAUGUAGGGAGUCCCACUGCGAUUCAUUUGCUGCAGAAAUCGAGUUUUUAACAGAGAAAAACAUGGACAAAAUCACCAAUGUUAUAAGCACAGUCUUGUCAUCAACAGACAGUGUUGUAGUGGAGCAAGCGUCUGAAAAUGUCACUGAAAACCAGCCUGAAUGGCAACCGAACAGCACCAUAACAGAUGUAAUACAAACAGCAAGUGAAUUUUUACACCAAAGGUCGUUAAAUGACCCCGAAACCCGUAUUAUUGGCUACACGCAGGGAAAGAAAGAAGGCAAUGUUGUGAUUCCGUUCGAAGUCCCUGCAUCUAAAUAGAUACGCUUUCAAUAGCAUUAUGCUAAGUUAUCUCUCUGUAAACGAUUACAUGAAUUAAUAAAAAUAUGUACUCGUUUUCUGAAAGGAAACGCGAAGGCAGAAUCAUCAGGCGAAUUUCAAACAUAGACUGAUGGAUCAAUUCAGUAUUUUCUAUUGAACAGUUUAUGCCUGAAUCAUUACUUAAUAUUCUGACAAGUUUCUUAGCAGAUACUUGAAUUAUUAAAAGUCUAGUUUAUGCCGUCGACCUUCCCGAAAAUGCCGAUACCCACAUUGUUGACCAUGAGUUUUCAAUAAUAUCGGAUUCUUUAAAAAUUAAUCAUCACAUCAGGGAAAUUAAAAAAUAUUAUAUAAACAUUAGGCAAAUCCUUUUGUACACAAGAUAUGACCCCAUCCGUUACAGCAUUUUGGGAGAAAAUCUACAAAUCAUAGCUCAGUGACUAUUUCGUUCAGGAAACAUUUAGGUAUUGAGCCGAGCAUUCCGGUAUGCAGUUGCUUUUAUAAUGAUAUUUGUUUAAGCAGUUAAGCAAUGUUUGUUUUUGCACUAUCUAGACCCGUGUUCUAAGGAUAGUACUAUAUUGACAACAUCACAAAUGUAUCAAUGCUUUAAUGUUACAAUUAAUAAAUGUAAAUUAUUGCAAGUGCCUUAAAUAUUUGAAACUAUUUUUCGCUACUUUGUACUUUUUCACAUUUACUGUCGUCGUCGAGAUAAGCACAUAAUAAUAACAAUAAUAUACAACAUUUAUAUAGCGCCCUAUAUAAUUUGUAAAAUUACUCUUACG